GAUGAAAUGCAUCAUGUAGUUUACUUGAAUGUCGUUAUAUGGCAUUCAGAUUGUGUCGCUGUGUACACCAGAUUCUCUAAAGUGAUAGAAAAUAUUGUAGUAAGAGUAAUAUAAUAGUUGUCAAGGAUUGGUUCUCUUUCACAGCAGGAACAAGAAACUGUCCAUGAGAAAUUUUCUGUUUCAGGUGAUGACGACCUUAGAGAGCAAAGAGAUGGCCGCCUAGGACAGGACCCUGCGGAGAUAUCAAUGCGGGAGCUAAGGGUCAAGGUCUCAAGUCUAAUUGGAGGAAAACGUGAUGACGACCCUAGAGAGCAAAGAGAUGGCCGCCUAGGACAGAACCCUGCGGAGAUACCAAUGCGGGAGCUAAGGGUCAAGGUCUCAAGUCUAAUUGGAGGAAAACGUGUUAUACCUUUUGACGGGGCCAUGGAAGUGAAUGGUGUGGUACAGAAGAAAUGGGAAGACGUAAGAACAGAGAUAUUAGUUGCACAUUAUGUUGAUGUCGUUUUAAUAAUGUUCAAACCCUCAUAUGUCAGUAAAACAGUUUUGUUUAAAUGCUUAUUUCGAAUCUAUGGUGGAAACUUGCAGAUUACUAGUAUUUACAUUGCCUCGUUUUAACUCGCAGUUCGUUUUCCAUUUGUUUGUUCUCAGAUCAAAUAAGUUUAGUCCUCACAAUUAUACAA